AUGCGCUCGAUCCCAGUGGAGGAGGAGAGCAGCGACGAGGAGGCGGCCGAGGAGGCGGCCGGGGUGGGGGGCGAGGAGGCCGGGGCGGCGGGCGAGGAGGCCGGCGGCGCGGCGGAGGCGCUUCCCGGACGGGCCUUGAGCGCCGCAGCGCCGGUGAUGAAGAGGCUACCCAUCGCCGAGGUGGAGGAGGAGGAGGAGGAGGAGGAGGAGGCCGCCGCUGCCGUGUCGGGCACCGCUGCCCCCGGCCUUGCCGCCGCCACGGCAGCGGCUGCAGCGGCUGCAGCGGCCGCCUCGGCUCAGUCUGAGGCGCAGUGCGACGCGGCGAAGAAGCUCUUUGCGGCGGGGGCGUACGACGCGGCUGCCGACAGCUACUCUGCGGCCCUCGACACGCUCUCCACCACCCCGGGCGGAGGCUCUCGCUCGGACGACAAGCUGCGCGCGCGCUGCCUCAACAACCGCGCUGCGUGCCAGCUGCAGCUGCGCCGCUUCUCCGAGGCGGUCGCCGACUGCGACGCCGUGCUCGCGUUCGAGCCUCGCAACGCGCUUCACCGGCGGGCAGUCGCUCGCGAGGCGCUCGAGCGCUACGCCGGCGCGCUGGAGGAUUGCCGCGCCCUCCAGGCUCUUGGAGCCGCAAGCGCUGAGGUCUCCGCUUCUUGCACGAGGCUCAACCGGCUCGUGGAGCAGCAGCGUGCGGAGGAUUCGCAGGGCCGGGAUGCGGCGGCUGCUCCGACCCCCGUUGCGCCGUCUGGCAGCGGCGAGGCGGAUGCCGCCGCCGCGGCCGCGCCCUCGCUCACGACCGAGGACGAUCAAGCGGCGGCGAAGGCGAAGGCGGCGGCCGCGCGCGAGCGGGGUGGCGCUGCGUUUCGGCGUGGCGAGUUCAAGGCUGCCGCCGAGGCGUACUACGAGGCUGCAAAGCACGAGCCGCUGGUGCACACCCACUUCUCCAACCUCGCGCUCGCGCUCCUCAAGCUUGAGGCGACUCGCCACCCUGAACCGGCUCACGCUGUCACCGCCGCCAAGCGGUGCACGGAGCUGGCCCCCUCCUUCGCCAAGGGCUGGUUCCGUCUCGGUGCCGCUCAGCGCGCGAAGGGCAACCUGUCGGCGGCGUGCGACGCAUUUGCCGCCGGCCUGCCACAUGCCUCGCCCGACGAGGCGCGCGACCUUCGCCGCCAACUGGCCGAGGCGCGAAAGGCCCUCGACUGCGUCCCGGCGGGGAUCGAGGAGGCGGGGAAGCCGGCGCCGUGGGCGGCCGGCGGCGACAAGGCGCGCGGCAAGGUCGACUUGGCCAAGGCGGUGCAGACUGCCAAGCGCGUCGCGGAGCUGGCGCCGGCCACGCAGGCCGGGCCGGACGAGCUGCUGUCUCUCGGCUACUCGGCCUUUGAGCGCUCCUUCCUGCAGCUGUGGGCUCGCGGCAAGGCCUCGUCCCAGCGCGACACCGACCUCGCCGCGUACCUCGGCCAGCUCCCGCGCGAUGCGCGCGGGCUCGCCGCCUUUGUCGGCGACGCCAUGUCCGAGGAGACCCUCUCUGCCUUUGUACUUGCCGCCGAGCGCGUCAUGCUGCCACGCGACGCCGUUGCCGCCGCCGCAUUCCUCGGCCGGCUGGCGUCUGUGCGUCGUUUUGAGUUGCUCUGGAUGUUCCAGGGAAAGGCCGAGUCGACAGCGGCGACCAACGUGCUGCGCGCUGCAGUUGCCACCAGCGGUGGAGACGAGCCAGCGCGCGAGGUUGCGACCAAGUACGGCGUCAAGCUCUGA